GAAAACGAAGAUAAACGAUUUUUAUCAUUUAAGAGCCUCUUGUAACUUUUCAUACCCCGCAUUGUCCCAAAACAACUGUUCUAAAAACAAUCCCAAUCUUUACCCCUCUCACCAAAACAGACUUAGUUUUCCAAAAAUCUUCCUUACAAAUUAAUCCCAGCAAAUCUCUAACUCUCAUCAAAGUUAUGGGUGUUCAAAUCAUCCGAAUAUCAAUCUAGACCAGCAGCCUUGACCAACGCCGCCGCUCGUGCCUUCGUAGCCAGUAAGCUCUAUCUCUGAUUCAAGGGGUUUUCUUACUCUCUCUACCGGUUAGGAGCAGUGCGUAGGAGUUUUGGAGUCUAAUGUGCUAUCCAGCAAGACAUUAAGAUUUUUGGGGGGCUUGAGGCUUGUUCACAGAGCCCUACGACAGGCAUGGGCCGACAUAUGGAGUGGGCAGGGCGAAUGGGCUACAUGUGGGGAAUCCCAAGGAAAAUGUUGUUCGUGGCAGUGGGUGCUUUUGCCAAGGCUGUGGCAAAUGUUCUAAACACCACUACUGUCCACAACGCCGAUACUCUCAUUCGACUUGUCCAACACCGGCCUCCCGGAGUGCCCCUCGUCACUGUUAGCAAUCAUAUGUCCACGAUAGACGAUCCAGUCAUGUGGGGCUUCAAAGGUUUUCCGACCUCUGAUGCAACAUUAGGUAGGUGGGUGUUGGCAGCAGAGGAUAUUUGCUUUAAGAACGUUGUGCUAUCUUAUUUAUUCCGAUUAGGAAAAUGUAUACCUGUUACUAGGGGUGCUGGAAUUCAUCAAGAAUAUAUGGAUGAAGCACUUGAGCAUUUAAGGAAUGGAGAAUGGCUCCAUACAUUUCCAGAAGGUAAAGUGACUCAAGAUGAUGUGCCCAUCCGACGAUUAAAGUGAGGAACAGCUAGUCUUAUUGUUCGUUCUCCUAUAACACCAAUAGUUCUGCCGAUUGUCCAUCGCGGCUUUGAUGAGAUAAUGCCUGAAAACUCUCUCUUUGGUAGGAGGCCUCCGGUUCCCUUGUGCUGUAAGAAGAUUGAGAUUAUUGUGGGUGAGCCGAUUCAGUUUGACAUACCUAGCAUGAAGCAGAUGGCAAUUUCCAUGUCGCGUAACUGGGCCUCUCCUCUACUAGGAUGGCCUGCCACUGGAGAACAAACUAGGCUGGAUGAGCCUGCACAGAGAUUCUUGUACGGUCAUAUCUCAGAUCAAAUUCGAAGUGUUAUGGAGAAACUACGUGCACUGUCAUUACAGAAGAGAAGCUGAAGAUUUAUUUUUGGCUGUUCAUUAUUUACAAUAAGUCCACUGUAUUUCUUAGAUUAAAUACUAAUUCAUAUCAAAUGGAAUUUUUAUUUCAUUUCAUAACUUAAUUUGUACUUUAAGUUUAUAACUAAUUUCUUUCUCUUCAAGAAAUUCGAAUAUUUCCUUAUGCAUAACAUUAUUUUCAAGGAAUAAUAUUAUUAAGAUUAAGAAUGUAA